AUGUUAGCACGUCCGCAAAUAAUACGGCAUCGUUGCAAGCCCGUCACGCCCCCGCCGCACGAGCCCGGCGUCCUCGACGGCCGAAACCACCUCUUCAAGUCGGACUGCGUCAGCUCCGCGCCGAAGGAGGUGUCCUUUCCCGGGCUGAACGGGACGGCGUGGGGCCAGGAGGACUGCCUGUUUUUGAACGUGCUGGUACCCGAGGGCGUUCGCCCGCGGAUCAACCGUGUGCCAGUUGUCCAUUGGCUGUAUGGCUCGGCAUACGCGUUCGGAAGUAAAGACAUACCAGUCGACGGAAUGGCACUGAUGGAGCGUAUAAAGUGCCCGAGCGACCGGUUUAUCCAUGUGACCAGUAAUUAUCGGAUGGGCCUGUACGGGUGGUCGUCGGCAGAGGGCGAGCACAUGGAUAGCAAUGUCGGUCUGCACGACGGCGUCGCGGCACUGGAAUGGACACAGAAGUACAUCGAGCGCUUUGGGAACGACCCAGACAAUAUCAUCGCUAUGGGGCAGAGUGCGGGCGCGACGAUGGUCGCGUUGAUGCUUGUCGCGAAUGAGGGCCAAGAAGAUUUGCCUUUUCAAAAGGCAUUCAUUUCCUCGCCUGCUUUAUUACCCCGAAGAGAUGUCACAAGCCGCCGCGCCAGUCUAUUCAAGGAGGUCCUCAGGGCAACCAAGUGCAAAUCAGUCGAGGGUCUGCGGAACGCACCGGCUAAGACCCUUGUCGCCACCAACAAGCACCUCUUCACCGAGGUCUUCAGCAGCUCCGGGGGUGCGACCUUCGGCCCGGGUAUUGGGUUCGGCCUAAUUCCAGAUGGGAAGUACAUCCUAGAUGCGUUGACGGUGCUGUUCAGCCAGGGACGCAUUAACCCGCGCGUGAAGACUGUUGUUGCGGGAAACACGGCCGACGAGGGGCUGGAAACGACGCCAGAGAUCAAGAAGCCCGUUGAGUUCGCUGAAUUUGUGCGGCGAACCAUCCCAGACGCAAGUAAAGAUACUGUCCAGCAGAUCCGUGCCUUGUACCCUCAGCCGGACUCGGAGAUCCAGGAUGUGGUGAACGACUGGACGACGGAUGUAGUGUAUGGGUGCAAUGCCCAGGGUCUGGCGGAGGCGUAUGCGAGCAAGACGCAGCGAUGUGUGUUCAAUGUGCCGCCCGCGGUGCAUAGUCAGGAUUUGAACUAUAUCUUCUUCGCGGAUAAGAAGACUACCCCUGUGGAAGACAUGUCUCUGGCCAAGGAGAUUCAACCAAGGACGCUAGAUUUCUACCACGGCAGGGACGAUGGAGAAUGGCCCGUCUAUGGUAACCAAUCGACUACGGUGAACGUUGCUGCGAAGGGCUUCCAGAAGCAGGUGGACCCUUGGGGAAAGAACCCCAGUUGCUAA